AUGAAAGUUGCAAAUACACAAACUGAUGAAGUGACAAAGCCGCCACCAAACAAGAAUGCUGUAGAUAAACAAACAGACGAAAUAAUAAAACUACAACCAAAGAUGAAAGUCGCAAAUACACAAACUGAUGAAGUGACAAAGCCGCCACCAAACAAGAAUGCUGUAGAUACACAAACAGAUGAAAUAAUAAAAUUACAACCAAAGAUGGAAGUCGCAAAUACACAAACUGAUGAAGUGACAAAGCCAUCACCAAACACGAAAGCUGCAGACACACAAACCGAUGAAGUGACAAAACCAUCAACAUAUAUGAAAGUGGCAGGUACACAAACAGAUGAAGUAAUAAAACUACAACCAAAUAUGAAGUCGAUAUACACACAGACCCAUGAGAAAACAGAAACUAUCAAUCGAAAUAGAUGGACAUCAAUGCUUGAUGAUUCACCGAUAGAACAUACGAGUAAAAACACACAAACAGCAUGGAACAAUCAGAGUAAGGCGACUCAAACUGGACAAAAUAUUUUGCCGACAACAAGAUCCUCGUAA